AUGACCAAAACCGAAAACGCAAUCGCAGCAGCAGCAGCCGCAGCAGCAGCAGCAGCGGUAAAAGCAACAACAACAAGGCCAGCAGCAGCAGCAAGAGAGCAAGCCGCCCAUAAAUGGGCAGACGCCUCCAAGGCGUGGGCAGAGACCCUACGCGGCGGGGCCAGUGGCCCCAGUCCUGUCCCCCAACAACACCACCACCGCCGACGCCCAAGACCACAUCAAAAGGCCAAACUCAAGGCCAGGAGGGCAGAGAAGCGCCGACAGGCCAAGGAGAAGGCGAAGGAGAGGGAGAAGGAGAAAGAGGGAGCGAAGGAGGAAGCCAUGGGAGAUGAGAAGGAUAUGCCUAUUAGAUAA